AUGAAAAUUGCUGAUCAAAUCGCCAAACGAACUCCUAGUAUUACAUUAAAACCUAUUCAGCUUGUUUCUUCUGAUACUCAACGAGAGCAUCGGAUCAACGUAUGCAGAAACCAAGAAAGACUUCUAUCAUCACCAUCAUCUUCAACAUUUUUAUCACCACCUACCACUCUUAGUUUUCUUUCUAAUUGUCAUACUACAUUUGUUACACCUGGACCAAAUCCAGUACGACGAGCUGGUGAAACACUGGAAGAACGAGCAAGACGAAUUCUUGGUCCAUGUAUAACAAUUCAUGAAAAUGAUCGACCGAUACCUACUCUCCAAGCACCUAACUUCGAAAAGGACAAGAAACAACUUAUUGACAAUAUGAAAUCAUGCUUGAAGACAAUCGAAAUGUCACAACAAGCUGCUGAUCAUCUUUGUCAACUUCAUAACCGUGGAAUUGAUUGUCAUGAAGCAUUGAAUUUUUUUUUUAAAGUGCACUCAACAACUUUCUAUAUGAAAGCGACUACAUCUGCUCAAAUCGAGGCCGCUUUCUCAGCUGGAUUACGAUUGUCUUGGUCAGAUGUUGCUGACAUUAUUAAUGCAUUGAAGGCCGAUAUCCAUCAUCAACAAUUAUUUAUGGCUCAAGUGGCAUCAGCAAACUAUAUUUCAACAAAAAUCGACAGUACAACAUCAAUUGCAAUGUCGUCAAAACUUGCAUAUCAACUCACAAAACUAUCACGUUGA